AUGCACACUUCUCGAUCCUCACAAAAACUCCUCAUCAGACACCAAACUCAUAAAGAUUGUGGCCAAAACGACUUCUGUACAUUGCAUUCAGGAGACCAAUUGCCAUUAUGUCCUGGACGUGGAUACAUUGGUACAACACAAGUCAAGUUUCCUUACAACAGAGAUUCAAAGAUUAUCGGUUCAUGUAAUGGAAUUCUCUUGCUCACUGAUGAUAAAAACCGUAUUACUUUAUGGAACCCCUCAAUUAGACACACGUUAACCCUCCCUCAUUAUCCUCGGAGAUGCUCAUUGACCGGAUUUGGUUUUGACCCAAUCACUAAUAAUUACAAAAUUGUGAGUAUAUGUCACCCCUACUCCUAUGUUUAUGCCAUGAAGACACGCACAUGGUGUCCGAUUCUUUCCUGCCCCACGCCUGUAUUUUUUGGGAUGUCAAAUGCAUGUUUUGUCAAUGGAGCAUUGCAUUGGGUAGUAAAAGAAUUUAAUAAAUCAGAACAAACAGACCUUUCUUGUAUAAUGACAUUCGAUUUGAGCACUAAUCUUUUUGGAAUGAUUGCGUUGCCUGAACCCAGUUGGGAAACUGCAAGACUAACUACAAUCCAAGGUUCUCUAGCUGUGCUUUCUACUAGAGAUGGUGAAACUUGGACGUGGGUGAGAAGAGAUGCUUCUUGGUCUGUUGCUUUUAAAACGAAAAUAGGACAAGAUUUGGGAGGUAUAAAUAGAGUUUUGAAACUGAAAGCCAAUGGUGAUAUGUUGUUCAGCACUUGGUGUACGGAGUUCCACUCCAAAGUUUCUAUUGAAAAGACACACUUCCAAGUUUAUACUCAUGAGACAGGGGCACAAUCAAAACUGGUGGACUUCGAUGGCACUUUUGGUAUAGUUGGAAUGGAAAUGUGUGUCCAAAGCAUUCAGUUGUUAGGCAUGAGGACUUCUUGUGAGGAAAAACAACCAUCUUUUCUUGAAGGAAAAAAGACAGGCGAAAUAAUGGAUGUAGUAAUUAGAUGA